AUGGGUUGGUCACUUGGCAAGUCGAUCACUAGAACAACAUCUCAAGAGGCAACAGUGACGCGUGCUUCUGUUUCGAAACUUCAGCACAAAGGCAGCCACGCAGAGCAUCCAAGACACAAACCACUUCCAUUCUUGGCAUCACCUGUUGACCCCGAGGCUUUGAAAUGGAUUGCGAAGAAAAAGAGGUCAGGAAAUGGUGUGCAGAGGACGACCACGGUAGCACAAUACGAGGCCGAGCAGUCAGAAUCGGCACUGGCUCAUCGAAUCUUCCGAAAACAGCAUGAAGCUAGUACUUUGGAAUUGUUCUUCGAUUUAUUCUUCGUUGGUAACCUGGCUGUGUUUACGACAAAAUCGGCACAUGUUGAUGCACAGUCGCUAUCAAACUACCUCGGUUUUUUCGCCAUUCUCUGGACGACCUGGUUCCACGUCGCCAUGUUUGACGUUCGAUUCUACGUCGACAGUGUUUUCACGAGAAUCUGCAAAUUCAUCGCUUUUGGCAUUAUGGUCUCCUUGGUCGGACUGAGCUCUCUCUACGACUCGAUUCUGUCCGGUGGAACAACACGGGCCUUUCAUGGCAUUGCACUACUGAUGUUCGGCUGUCGAAUACUCUGGAUCAUCCAAUACGCUGUUGUGCUCUAUUUCGUUCGGGCUUUUGACAAAACUCUUGUCCCAAUGAUGGCAACCAUGUUCGUCUACGUUGCCGCAGCUGCAGGAUUCUUGGCCACAUUCAUAAUGGACCGUACGAACAUGUCUAUCGCGGGCACUGAGGGUGCAUCCAAGGUUCGGUUAUGGUAUAUUUUUAUUUGCGUCGAAGCUGUAGGAGUCAUUACGAUCAGCAUGGUUUGGCGGGUCCUGUCCUUCAAGCAUACUCACCUUGUCGAACGUGUCGGACUGCUUUCACUAAUCAUCAUGGGCGAAGGCAUCAUUGGUCUGAUCAAAUCAGUUUCAUAUGCCAUUCAAGGUACGUCGGUCCAUUUAUGGGAAGAAACUGGCAUCAUUACCUUUGCUGUCUUGUUGAUCUACCUCAUCUAUGUCCUGUACUUCGACAAUGUCGAUCACCAUCGAUUCGGUACGAUCGGCCAACAGCUGUGGACAUUGUUCCACUUCCCGGCUCAUGUCUGUAUCCUUCUUACGGUCGAAGGGUCCACUGCUCUUCUCAUCUGGAACGCAUGCCGUAACGCAAUCGGGUGGAUUACAGAAGAUUCGCUUCCCAGUGCAACAAACCCAAUCCGCAAUCCGGUGGCCAAAAAGGACUUUGCGAGCCUUGAAGAGUUUGUGGCUCAGGUCAACAAGACUUACUGGGAGACCAGUACCCAGUACUACUACAAAAGCCUAACUGAAGACUACUACAGUACCACGAAAUUUAAUGAAGAUUUAGCCAAAUUAUCUAAACCUAAAGCGUCCUUUGGCUCGGAUGAUUGGGCAGCUGAGGUUAAAGUAAUCCUGGAGAAGAUGAGCAACUACUUUCAGUAUUUCAUCUAUCAAAAUUUCGGAGCAGAAGGGCCAAAUCACAAACUUAAGAAGACGAAGGAGUAUGACCAAAAGGUCGAGCUUUACGAAGACGGUUACAAGUUUACACUGAUGUAUUUCUAUUGCUCGGCCGGUGCGCUACUCUUCGUUUUUGCGCUUCUAUACUGGUUUGGUCGACAGAAGAAGACCAAGACCGAAUGGGCGAGCAUUGGUUUCCGAAUUCUUGCUGGCAUGGGCUUGCCUCUGAUGAUUAUCUCUCCAUUGAAGGAAAAGGAAGGCGAUCACGACACCUUUCGAUACACCUUUUCUUACCUGCUGAUUCCAAUUGUCUCACUGACGUUCCUGAUUGUCAUCAUUAUUGACAAUGUGCUCAAAGCAAUUGCCGAAAAGCACUAUACUGUCAUUGAAGAGCGACGGCUGAGCAGGAUGAGCUCCCACGACACUACAGCUCUAAAGUCUCCUCCGAUCGUGGAGGAAGAAGAGCGUGAACUUACGGAUGAAGACUCGAGCUACGAGCUGCGGCGAAACACGACGCAAAAUGGUCACGGUUCACCACAGAUGGUCCAGCAAGAGCAUGACGGGGCUAGCCUGGUUGGUAAUGCUCAGAGGACACCGACUAUAUCGUUCUCGGAUUUUCAGAAUAGGAAGAAUGGCUAUGGUGAGAUUCAUCAAGAUGAAGGUGAUGAUGCGCCUGAAUAUAGGAGAGGGGACGAGGAGCAGCACUUUCAUGCCAGGAGAUUUCAGUGA